UGUACGUUUUACAUCGAUUACAUCGAAUGGGGAAUUAUUGGUCAGCAGAACCAACAAAUUGUACAGUUGAACCUGUGAAUAGUUAUCUAUACGAAAUCACCAUUGAAAAUUAUCAAGAAACUAUUGCAAAACAUGAAGUAGUUUUACUGUACAUCUAUACAUCAUGGUCAUGUGAAUACGAUCAUCCAAUAUUUGAAGAAACAGCAAAACGUGUUCAUCAAUUAUAUCCGAAUGGAAAUGUUUUAAUUGGACGGAUUAAUGCUGAAACGGAACCGUAUUUAGCAAAAAAUAAAAAACGUAAUUUUAAUGUGAAAUUUUUCCCAUUUGUAAAAUUAUUUUACAAUGGGAAAUCGAAAGGAAAUGAUUAUAGAGGUAAACGAACUGUUGAACAUUUCAUUCAAUUAAUUGAAGAUGUAUUCAAAAAUCCUAAAUUAAAAGUGGACGAUUAUAAAUGGGAAUAACUUGAAAAUAGAAUAAGAAUUGUUUUGGUAGCAAAAAUGUUAAUGGAUAAUCUUGGUUUUUUGGUAAUUUUGAAGAUUGGCCAAAAAAAUCGCUUUUUGGUAAUCCUAAACUUGCCUAAAAGUUUAAUUCCACGGUCUUAGAAGAACAAGAACUUAUAGUGCAACUCGA